GUUAAAAGACGUCGAUUAGUUGUCAAUUAUACAUUAAACGGUGAGAGUUAACUAAUUGAGUGCCAACAAGUUCACCUCUACUUGAGUGUUCAUUUAUUGACUUAGAAAAGGAAGAAUGCCUUUAAUGCCUCUAGGUAAAUUAUUUGACUAUAAACUAGGUCGUUUCUCUUUCUCAUUUUCGGGCGUCAUGGCCUGCAUUUAGACCACCUGCCCAGGUGGCGAGUCUUGUCUUUAUUUACUGAUGACUGAGCAUACGCUGACCUGGGUCAUAUGCUGACUUAAUGAACGGGUAUCCAGGUAAUACACUGGCGUUUUAAACAAUCACCCGUGUGAAAUUGACGCGGACUAAAGACUUCUUGAUCUAUAUCUACAUGGACCGCACCAAUGUCUAGAUUUUAAUCUUCUGAUACUUCCAUAGAGGAAGGAAAGUUUGAAAUGAUCAGAAAAUUUGCCCUUUUCGCUCUAGUUAUCAAUUUGUGGAGUGUUUUUUCACAGAAAGAGAUUGCACGAGGAGUUUGCAGGUCUGUGUAUUACCAGUAUAUUACUAAAUGCACCUUACCUCUAGCGCUACCUAGUGAGACUCUUUCGAUUCAAGUUAUACGACAAAUAUCACGGAAUCCAUGUAUCCAGGACAAUACUUACGGCCUUUCACUGGACAACACCUACAUCUGGACGAGUGGAUUGUGUCAAGCUGAGUUCUCCGUUCAAUCUGUAACCAGGUCCUCAGAUAACCCAAUUAUAGCUACAGCGUCUGCUCCAGCUGGUACAACAGAAAGGAGACAGGGUACGCCUGGCACCAGUAAUAAUCAAUGUGGUGUCCCGAAUCAUUACCGCGUCAUAGGUGGCACCAACUCCACCGCCUGCGAGUAUCCGUGGAUGGUGAUGGUAGCCAAUCUUUUCUCCAACGUGUCAUGUGGGGGAGCCAUACUGGACAGCACACACAUUCUCACAGCGUCACAUUGCUUCUUCAGCAUCAAUAGAAGGUCAGGCACAUCGGUCAAAGCUAUUCCAACACAAAUUGCUGUCCUAUCUGGCUCAUCAACGAUGCCCUUCCAUGCGAUCACCAUACCAGGACUUCGAAUCAGAAAUGUGGCCAAAAUAAUAACACACGAAAAUUACGACUGGAAAACUUUAGCCAACGACAUAGCUGUUAUUAAACUCUCAGAGCCCAUUCAAUAUGACAGCUGCCACAGACCCAUCUGUCUAAACAAUGAUUCUCGACAUAUCCAGCAGACGACUAAUUGUAGAACUAUGGGAUGGGGAGUUAGCUCCAAUCAACCUGGGGCAGUUGGACAAAGUACGCUCCAGUGGAUAAACCUUCCGGUGGUCAACGAUUUGACUUGUAGGAGAAAAUACCGGACAUAUGCUACCUCCAAUACUUUCUGCGCAGGAACCACUGGAAAAGACACAUGCAAGGGUGACUCUGGUGGACCAUUUGUCUGCAGUGAAUCAGAUGGUCGUUUUUAUGUGUACGGAAUAGUGUCUGCUGGUAUAGACAGCCAAUGUGGCAAGUCUCUUGGACUAUACACUAAAGUAUCGAGUUACCUGCCUUGGAUUAUGAAACAGCUAUCAGAAUAAUCCAGCAGCUUCCAUUUGCUUUGAGCCUACCAAUGAACCUUUUGGUGGGACACUGGAUUGAAGACUCAAUAUCUCAUAUUUUGCAACAUGUUAAUGUAAAGAAUGUGUUCUAAUGUUUACCUCAUCACCAAACAAUAUCUUCUGCUAUUUCAUUUUGUUUUGUUAUUUUGUUUAGUAAAAUUUGUAUAAAUAAUUUGUCAAAUUAUAGGAAUGUUUAUACAGCAUACACCUGUGUCCAAGGGAUAAUAUUUUGAAAGUAGGAUACAAAAACCUGACUGCUAAUACUAUGUUUACUUCAUAAACACAUAAAUAGAAUAACUUCUAUAACAUUGGUGUCUCGUUAGACAUUAGGUCGUUGAGAUCUAGGCAUCUAAUUAAAAAAUUAAUUUUAAAAAUAGGGGAAGAACUGCAAAAUCACUGCCGUAUAUAUCUGAUUACUGCAGGAAUAAGCAACCAAUUUCUACAUAAAACAAAAUUAAUUAAUUAGCACUAAUUAAUUAACUAAUUGUUUUAUUUUUUAAAUUAAUUUAUCUGAGAAACAAAUGUGUACAAAAUGUAAAGUGGAGAAUCAAUCCACAUAUAAAGCUACAUCUCUCAAUAAUUAGCACUUAUUUCCCUUUUUACCAAACAAAAUAAUUAACUACUAAUAAAAUUGUGCUGAUGUGACGUCAAAAACCCAAAUUAUCAAAUUAGAAUGAUGUUUUAAACUAAGUAAUGUUUUAAUCUAAAUAAUUUUGUUUAGUGAUGUGUGAGCUUGCAAUAGAAAUUAAACAGAUGGAAUUUUUAAAAUUGUGUUGAAAGCAAACUAGUUAUCUGCCAAAUUAAUUUUAGUUUUGAAAAAGAAGCUGAUUUAAACUGCUGAUUUAAACUACUGAUUGAAUGUGCAACAAAAUUGAAAAAUCAUUACUUUUUUUUUCUAAAAAUCUAUAUGAAAAUAAAUAAAUAAAUAAGACAGUUUAAAAAAAAAUUAUUAUUCCCAAUUUGAUAUAAAAUGAUUCUGGGUUUUGAUCUUUUCUCAAUCCUAAAUAUGCUCACCACACAAUUCACUACAGAUUUUCCUGUAUUGUCGCAUUCAGUGCUAGAUGUAUUAAAACUAAAACGAAACGCAAGAAAUUUUGUUGAAACCAUUAUUUUACAAAAUACACUCACUUAAAUAAAACAAAUGCACAAAUAAACAGAUAAAUCUAUGUACACUGUAAUCUUAAAGCAAACAUCAUACAACUGCCUCACUGGUUUAAAAAGAUUAUGUUUUGGAUUUAAAUGUAGAAAAAAGUUCAGCGAUCUCAACUAAACAUUUAGAAAAAAAAUUAAAUUAGUCUUUAAAUUAAAUUUUUUUGACAAUGCAAGGUUUGUUCCUAUAUAAAAUAUUUAUCUUACAGACGGUUUGUUCCUAUAUAAAAUAUUUAUCUUACAGACGGUUAAACCAUAUUGGCGAACUGAAAGAACAAACUAUCCAUAUAGUCAGAUAAAAUCAUGCACUCACAUCGUAUGUCAGAUUUUUAAAAAAUGUAAAUAAAUGUGUAAAUAACAAACAAAAAAAUAAGUACUAAUGA